AUGCUCUGCCGCCCCACCACAGCCCAGCGCCCGACCCCGGGCCAGGACUACAGAAGGAAGCCGUGGAAAGAAGGCCACGGCGGCCCCAGUUACCGGACACCUGCCAACCCCACCCCCAAACUCGGGGGCGCCCAAGCCCGCCGGCCACCCGCACCCCCGCAUGGCCAUGAAGCAGUCCAGCUGGCCAGCCCCUCCAUCAAAGCGGGGCCACAUCCCAAUAAACGCCGGCUAAGACCCCCCCGCCGGAGCCUGGCACCCCCCCAGCCGGCAGACCAGGGCCCAAAGGGCACGGCGAGAACCACUAACCCCAAGCACAUCGAACCCACCAGGAACCAUCCAGCAAAUGAGCAAACUCCACCCCAGUACGAGGCCGAGACGCCCGACGUAAGCGCAGAACCCAGCGACGCUCGCCCUGCCGCACCCACGCCCGGAGGUCAGAGCCGCCGCGCAAGAGGACCCACUCAGUGGCCCACAAAAGACCCCUCCGAACCCCCUCCCCUAGACAGAAAAGGGACCAGCGUCAGUAACCGGAACCAAGACAAGGAACCAGAAACCGAGCCGGAACCACCCAAGACCAAACAACGCCCCCAACCAUCCAAGGCCAACCACCCCAGAAGGCAACCUACACCCACCCCAACAUUCGAACAACUCCCAGAGCACAUAAGACACUGGACACCCAGGUUGACCCUGCCCCACCCCCUCCCGCAGACCCUCCUCCCCGCCAGCAGAAUGUGCUCCUUGAAGGAAGGAGCACCUGCAAUGAGAUUGGACCUACCUGCCAGUUUUGGAGGCCCUUAUGCCCACCGAUACACCAAAGGUCCCCGAGCCAGGGCCGGGUGA